AUGCAUCUCUCACUAUGGAAGCCAUUAUCUCAUUGCGCUGCUCUAAUCUUGGACAAAAAGAGCAGAAGAAGAGAUGGGUCUAAACAUACAACAGAGGAUAUCAGGAGGAACCCAUCAGUUCUAAGAAAAUUGCUAGAGCACAAGCUCAGGGAGGCUCUUGAGGAAGCAUCUGAAGAUGGGUCCCUUGUUAAGUCCCAAGACAUGGAGUCUGAAUUCAUGGGCAAGGAAGACGAGGGCUUGGGCAGAUCGCGGUCGCUUGCCCGGUUAAAUGCCCAGAAAGAAUUCUUGAGAGCGACUGCUCUUGCUGCAGAGCGCACAUUUCAGUCUCCAGACUCGAUUCUGCAGCUCCAGGAGGCCUUCUCCAAGUUCCUUACCAUGUACCCAAAGUACCAAUCAUCCGAAAGGAUUGAUCUACUGAGAUCGGAUGAGUAUUCACACCUCUCCAGUGCAGGUUCAAAGGUAUGCCUUGAUUAUUGUGGAUUUGGGUUGUUUUCAUUGCUGCAAACUGUUCAUUAUUGGGAAUCAUCUACUUUUAGUUUGUCUGAGAUUACUGCCAAUUUGAGCAAUCAUGCUUUGUAUGGGGGUGCUGAGAAAGGGACAGUGGAACAUGAUAUGAAGACUCGAAUAAUGGAUUAUUUGAACAUCCCUGAGAAUGAAUAUGGCCUUGUUUUUACUGUGAGCCGUGGCUCUGCCUUUAAAUUGCUAGCUGAGUCAUACCCUUUCCACACAAACAAAAGGUUGUUGACUAUGUUUGAUCAUGAGAGCCAGUCCGUAAAUUGGAUGGCUCAAAGUGCUAGAGAGAAAGGUGCUAAGGUUCAUAGUGCAUGGUUUAAAUGGCCUACUCUUAAGCUCUGUUCGACUGAUCUGAGGAAGCAAAUUUCGAACAAAAAAAGGAGGAAGAAAGAUUCUGCAGCUGGUCUUUUUGUGUUUCCUGUCCAAUCUCGAGUUACUGGUGCGAAGUACUCGUAUCAGUGGAUGGCCCUGGCUCAACAGAAUAAUUGGCAUGUCUUACUUGAUGCAGGGGCAUUGGGCCCUAAGGACAUGGAUUCCCUUGGAUUAUCUUUAUUCCGGCCAGAUUUCAUCAUCACAUCAUUUUAUAGGGUGUUUGGCUAUGACCCCACUGGAUUUGGAUGUCUUCUAAUCAAGAAAUCUGUGAUGGGAAGCCUACAGAAUCAGUUGGGGCAUACUGGUUCUAGUAUAGUGAAAAUCACUCCUGUGUUUCCGCUGUACUUGAGUGAUUCAAUGGAUAAUUUCCCUGGAUUUGGUGAAGAUGAGGAAGUCAGUAGGAAUGCUGAAGUUGACUCUGAAACUCGCCCACAAUCUCGAUUGCCUGCCUUUUCUGGUGCAUUCACUUCUGCGCAGGUGAGGGAUGUGUUUGAGACUGAGAUGGAGCAUGAUAACAGUUCUGAUAGGGAUGGCGCUAGCACCAUAUUUGAAGAAACUGAGAGCAUUUCCAUAGGGGAGAUGAUGAAAAGCCCAGUAUUUAGUGAAGAUGAAUCGUCAGAUAACUCGCUGUGGAUUGAUUUGGGUCAGAGUCCUUUGGGGUCGGAAAAUGCUGGUCAUUCAAGCAAACACAAAGCGGCCUCUUCCUCGCCACCGGUUUGGUUCUCCACUCGGAAAAAUAAUAGGACUUCUCCAAAAGCAUCUAAUAUAUCAAGCAGCCCGAUGUAUGACAUGGAAUUGAAACAAGGGCAUCUUGAAAAUGGCCAUGUAUUAUCAUUUGAUGCUGCUGUUCGAUCAGUCUCUCAAGAUUUGGACCAUUACAAGGAGAUUCCUGAAGAGGAACAAGUUUCUGCAAGAGACUGUGAAUGUAAGACUCCAAAUAACCAACCUUGUCAGGAAAUUGAAGAAGAACCCGAAACCAACAAAUCAAAGGGUUCUGCCGAUAAGGGAUCAGGCCACGACAACAUGAAUCAUCGAAGCAUACAGAAUGGCUCAGCUUCUGAGAUAUGCUCUGAGACAAAGGAGAGUGCAAUAAGAAGAGAGACAGAAGGGGAAUUUAGACUACUAGAAAGGAGAGAAAAAAAUAGAAUUGCUGGUGGCAGAUUUUUUGGAAUAGAAGAGACUGAGCAACUGGGAAGCAGAGGCAGAAGGGUAUCCUUUAGUACAGAAGACAAUUGCAAAACUCGUCUGGGCCACACUGUCGACGCAGGAGAAUUAUCAGCCACUAGCCUGGAUGAUGAAGAUUACAUUAGCGAUGGGGAAUAUGAUGAUGAUGGGCAAGAUUCCGACAGAAAUGAACCCGAGAUUAUUUGCAAGCAUCUUGAUCACAUAAACAUGUUAGGUCUCAACAAGACCACCUCCCGACUGAGGUUCCUCAUCAAUUGGCUUGUGACGUCUUUGUUGCAAUUACGAUUGCCUGGUUCAAAUGAAAAGGACAGUCCACCACUUGUUCAUAUUUAUGGGCCAAAGAUUAAAUAUGAAAGAGGUGCAGCGGUUGCAUUCAAUGUGAGGGAUAGGAACCGAGGUCUGAUUAGCCCGGAAAUUGUUCAGAAGCUGGCUGAGUCGCAUGGUAUCUCUCUCGGUGUUGGAAUCUUGAGUCACAUACGCCUUCUUGAUAGCUCCAAACAGCAACGUGGGUCUUUGAGUCUUGAUGAUACUACCCUUUGCAAGCCAAUGGAGAAUGGCAGACAUGAUGGUAAAAGUGAAUUCAUCAGAGUUGAGGUCGUUACUGCUUCUCUUAGCUUUUUGACUAAUUUCGUUGAUGUCUAUAAGUUGUGGGCAUUUGUGGCUAAAUUUCUUGACCCAACCUUUGUCAAAGAGGGAGUCCUUCCACCUGUUGUAGAAGAGUUUGAAUAA